AUGCUGCAUGUUAUGCGUAUUUUGUUUAAUUUUGUAGGCAGUGGACCAGCGGGAAAGCCUUUAACGCCAUUAGCAGAAGCAGUUGGGAGUGUUAUUGGUACCAACAAUAUAAGUAUCAGUGGGAUCCCUGGUACAGUUGACACAACAUAUCUAAUGCUCGACAGACCAAAGAUCAGCACGGAAACCACAGCGAGUACGAUUGAAUCAGAUGGCCUUGUGACUCAAGAUCUCCAUGUCAUCAGCACCAGUGAAUCUGGAGAUGGGCAGCAACAAAUAAACUUUGUUACUGUCCCACAGCCAAACGCAUGUCCUACCAAUGUUUGCACCCACACCGUAAUUGACCCGCAUCUGCAAAAGCAGAAGCUAGAACUAGAAAUUGAGAAUCUCACCCUCAGAAACAAGUUUAUACGACUUCAGAUUGAAAGAAUUGAAGGAGUAUAGAUACAAGUAGUGAAUUAUAAGCGCUUUGUCACGAAUUUACUCACAUUUAGUAUUUAUCAAAUAGUUCUAUAA